AUGGCAGUGCGCGCCAUUCACACGCCGCUGCUCCUGUGCACCAUGGCGCUGCUGCUGACCGGCCUCGUGUCCCCGUCCACCGCCGGGCUCAGCCUCGACACGGUGAGGGAGUUCCUGACGCGGGAGGAAGACACCAUUGUGUUCAGCCUCAUCGAGAGGGCCAAGUAUCCACUCAACCGGCCGGCCUACGCCCCCCUCCACUUCGGCGCCGGCGCCGGCGCCGAGCCCGACCGCCACCUGAACGCCUCUUUCGCCGAGCUCUUCAUCCGCGAGUCCGAGGCCGUUCAGUCCAAGGCCGGAAGGUACCAAAGCCUACAAGAGAUUCCAUUCUUCGCUUACAGAGUUCCUUUCACUCUGGCACCUCUCUACAACUUCACAAGAGAUCUGUAUCCCGCUGCCGCAUUCGUUAACGUUAAUGACGCCAUAUGGAGCAUGUACUUCAACGAGCUGCUCCCUCUGCUGGCUAAGAACGGUGAUGAUGGCAACUAUGCCGUAACUGCUGAUGCAGAUCUUGCAUGUCUUCAGGUGCUUUCAAGAAGGAUCAACUAUGGCAGGUACGUGGCAGAAGUGAAGUUCAGAGGAGACCAGCAGACCUAUACAAGCUUAAUUCAGGCUAAGGAUAGAGAUGCUCUGAUGAAACUACUGACAUCUGAAGCCCAAGAAGACGUGGUGAAGAGGAGGGUAGAGAAGAAGGCAAUUGUGUUUGGGCAAAGCAUAACGUUAGAUGGACCAAUCCAAACAGAUGUCAACAAUAGCAGCCAGGCUAAUUUCAAAGUUGAUCCUUCAGUUGUUUAUAAACUGUAUGACCAGUGGGUGAUUCCGUUGACUAAACAAGUGGAGGUCGAGUACCUUCUCCAUCGUCUCGAUUGA